AUGAACGCCAGCGUCGUAUCGGCCCGCUCCCGGCCGCACUGGUGGACAGCCAUGUCGGGUAACCCGCACAGGACCCAAACGAAUGCGGUCGACGAAGAAUAUGUGGACGUGGGAACGUCGGAUGAACGAAAAAAGCGACCGAGAACAGCGUUCACUUCGACUCAAAUCAAAGCCCUGGAAGCAGAGUUCGAGAAGAACAAGUACUUGUCAGUGUCGAAGCGUCUCCAGUUAUCCAAGAGUCUUAAACUCACAGAAACGCAGAUCAAGAUAUGGUUCCAGAAUCGAAGGACCAAGUGGAAGAGGAAGUACACCAACGACUUGGAAGUCCUGGCUCAGCAGUACUACGCGUCCAUGGGAAUCAUCACUCCUAGGCCCAUGUGCCUCGGGGACAGGCUUUGGUUUUUCAAUGUUCCCGGGCAGAGUCCUUUCACAGUUCCAACGCCUGCAACAGCCGCUUCAGCGUUACCAACCGGCAUGUCUUUCCCUACCACUUUGACCCGGGUCGGUCAACCCGGGUCUCCCUUUGGUUCUGGCCCAGUACAGAACCCAACAGCCCCGUUCCUGGGGGCACCACUCAGUGUGCCUGCACAUGUGUUCAUGCCAUUUUCUGCCAACCAGGCACUAGAAUUCCCGAUGAUGGACAGAAACGAGUCGUCGUCGGCUCACUUGGAGGUCACCGCGGAUUCAUCAUCAAGUUUCUUGCCAGAAAGUGGACCAGCAUCUCGGGAUUCACCAUCUCCAAAAAGUCAAGAAUCCAAUUGUGACGAUAUGUUCGAGGAAACUCAGGCCAAGGAUUUGAAGUCGACUUCGGAAGCUCACGUCACUGAACUUUGA